GAAAAGAAAAGAUUUUCUUUCCAAUUUAUCAUAAUGGAAUCAUCAAAUUUAAAUAGUCUCAUUGCUAAAGAAGAAGAAAAUAUUCAAAAACUUGUUUUAAAAAACUAUAUUCCAACAUUAAUUAUUAUCAGUUGUUUUCUUGUAUGCAUAAGUAUUUUUGGAUUAAUUGGUAAUUGGUUAGUAGUACAUACAAUUGGUCGUCAUAUAUUUAGAAGAUUCUUCAAAUUAUUAGAAAACUGUCUACGUAUUGUUUGUAACUGUUCAAGAUGUAAAAAUCAACCAGAAAACCCUAAACAAAAUCAAAAACGUUCUCAGUACCGACAAGAUAUUUGUCAACAACGAUUAAAUCCUUAUCUUGAUGUAUGUUUGUCAAGAACUUCUAGUCUUGUGCCAAUUAGUCAAUCGUCUAAUUCUGUCAGUAAUAAUGAAUUAAGAAAUCAAGGCAAUAGUUUAACAAGUGUCAAUAAUACUUCAACAUUAAAUAUUCACCAAUCAAUAGAAACAGGAAAUGAUUGUAAUAAAAACAGGGAAACUACGAAAAAAUUUAUUUUCACAAAACGUACUGCCAUGCAUACAGAUCUCAACUCUGAUCUUCUCAUUGUCCUUCUUGCAAUAAAUGAUUUGAUUAUAUGUGUUAUUGAUAUACCGACAACAAUCUUUCUGAUUGUAUGGGAAACUAGAACAUAUGACUUUAUUUGUAGACUACAUGUGAUCUUAAAAUCAUUCACUCUAACUGUUUCUGCACUAUUUUUGGUUAUAAUUGCCUUGGACCGUUGGUUGUUAGUUUGUUUUAUACCAUGUGUUAUAAUGACAAAAAAGUGUAUGAAGAGACUAAUCGUUGGAACAUAUAUCUUAGGAAUACUAUGGGCAAUACCAAUGGGAUUACAUCAUGGUGUACACAGUUAUUUUAAAAUUAGUACAGUUGAUAAACUUGUAUCCAGUGAUUCAGAAGCUAUUUCCAUGUUUCAUGAAUCAAAUAGUUUAUUUAAAACUAACCAAUCAGAAUUGAAUAAUAGUAUUUCUAACAGCUCAUCAAUGUCAUCAGAAAAAUCAUCAUUGGCUUAUUUUACAUCACAAUUUAUCGACCUAAUAUCAUCAUUUACAAAUUAUGGUUAUUGUAAAUCUGAUGAACGUUUCAUAUCGCAAAGUGAUUAUGAAAUUUAUCAAUUGUCUAUAUUAAUUUUAUUCAGUCUUAUUUUCACUUGCAUUUGUAUCUUUUAUGGUUAUUUAUUUUUAUUCAUUAUGAUACAUCAAUAUCGAUGGAGAACAAAAUUUGGACCUAAAAUAAAAGUUAUUGAACCAAUAAAUACUCCUUUAACUUCUCCAAAACAUGAUGUUAUAAUUAAUAAACCAGUUAAACAGUCUGAUUUUAUUUGUUUUAAUCAUAAUAAUAGAUCAAGAUUUUUAAGUGUACAAUUAAAUCAAACACAUUUAAACAAUGAACAAAAUCGAAAUCAAUUUAGUCAUAGUUAUAGUGAUUCAACAAUACAAAUCAAUUCACAAUCUAUACAUUUUAAUCAAUUAAAAUCAAUAAAAAAACAAAAUAAAAUGAAUCAAUCUAAACAAAUUAUUUCAAUUCAAAAUAAUAAUAAUAAUAAUCAAUUAAAAUAUAAAUCAAUAAAACGAAAUUUAUUUAAUUUAUAUAAAAAAUCUAAUCAUCAUCAUCAUAUAAAAUUAACAAAUAAUCGACAUAUAAAAAGUGCAAUUACAUUUAUUUUAAUUACAGUUAGUUUUAUUAUAUCUUAUUUACCAAAUUUAUUAAUUGCUAAUCGAUUUAUUUGGCCUAUCAAUUGGGAAUUAUUAAUGGAAACAACAAAUCAAUUACAUUUAAUAUAUAAUUAUAAUAUAAUGAAUAAAACAAAUUCAUUAUUAUAUAAUAAUUCAAUGAUUACUGAAAUGAAUUUAAAUAAUCAUUUUUAUAAUCAUCAAUUAUAUAAUAUAACAAAUAAUAAUUUAUUAAUGAAUAAUUCAAAUGAAAUAUUAAAAAUUAAAAUUAAAUAUCAUUUAAGACGAUUUUUUCAUUAUUUAUAUUUUAUUAAUUCUGCUGCGAAUCCAUUAAUUUAUUUCUUUUUUAAUUUAAAAUUUCGUUUACAAUUAAAAUAUUUAAUUCAUUGUUUUAAUACAUGUUUUAAUACAUCAUAAUUAAUUUUGAAUUACUUAUAAUUAUUUAAUUCAUAUUGUAAUAUAUAAGAAUUCUAGAGGAAGAUAAUUAUUGUAUUAUUCUUUUCACUGGUUAAGAUCAUGAGUCAGUUGAAGCUAGACUGCCAUGAAAAACCUGGAAGCAUCUGAUAUUAAUCAACAUAUGCUCACGAGUGAUUGGCUUGACGAGGUAUAUCCUGGAGUUCUAGUGAGAAGUAGUGACCAGUGGAAUUCAACCGUGUUUGUUGUGAGAUAGUAAUUCACUGAAGACAGUGGUGGAUGUGUCGCUCAAUUUCAUGAAUUAGUUGAAGUUAGACAUUAACACCGUUGAAUACCGGUCAGCUCAGUGAUCUAGUGGUUAAGUGCUCGCACGCAAAACCAGUAGGUUGUGGGUUCGAAUCUCACAGGAGGCGAGAUCGUGGAUGUGUACUGCUGAGGAGUCUCACAAUAGGACGAGUUGGCCAUCUAGUGCUUCCAGGUUUUCCAUGGUGGUCCAGCUACAACUGACUCAUGAUCUUAACCAUUGAAAUCACUAUAAUACCCACAAAACCCAUCUGAUAUAUUUUUUUUCUUUAAAAACACAAAAGAUGAAAUGAUAGAAUAUCUUUAUAAAAUAUGUAAAUUUAUACAUUAAAUACUUCAUUUGUAAAUUAUCUGUCAACUGUUCUUAACUAUCCGUAUAAUUUUAUUUUUCAAUUCAUAAUUAAUUUCUACUAUCAUUUUGAUUUUUCCUUCAACUUGAUCUUCUUAACCAUCUGUUGACAAGCAUUUCAUUUGUGAUUGAUGUUAUAUAUUGUUUAAAUCGAAAGACAUAAGUAAUAUACACCAUAAUACUAGUAGUUGACACAUUUAUUGUUGGUAAAUAUUAUGAAUCAAACAUUAAUAACCAAUUAAAUGAAGAUAAUUAAGGCAUUAUUAUUAUUAUAUUAGUUGUUUCUUACGUAUUGAUUUAAAUUAUUG